AUGGAGGAGAAGGAAUUGACUUCUGCUGUUGAUGAUGUAACAUCUAUGAGAGUGCCUGUGGAGAGUGUCCCUGGUGGCUUAGAAACACGGUACAGCUGUUGUGAAGGUGUCCCUGGAUCCCCCGGCUGUCAGGUCGCCAAGCUCCAUGUUCAUGACCAACAAGAAAACCUAGAGGGCUUUGUGAAGACAUUUGCCAGGUUCCGACACCACAGUGAUAGUCACGGUGUAUUUGCUGUGAAUUGUGAAAUGUGCUAUACAGCCAAAGGCUUGGAACUUACCCGAGUGACAGUGGUGGACCCCAGCCUCCGGGUAGUCUAUGAUACAUUUGUGAAACCAGAAGAAGAAGUCAUUGACUAUAACACUAGGUUUUCUGGUGUGGUCGAAGAUGAUUUGAAGAACACUAAAACAUCAAUCCAUGAUGUGCAAGCCAUCUUGUUGAACCUGUUCAGUGCUGACACUGUACUGAUUGGGCAUAGCUUUGAAUAUAGUCUGUAUGCUCUUAAGUUAAUUCAUACUUCAGUUGUGGACACAACAGUUCUGUUUCCUCAUCGCCUAGGCUUGCCCCAUAAAAGAUCCCUUAAGAGUCUAGUGGCUGAUUACCUGCAGAGAAUCAUUCAGGAUGAUGGUCACAGUUCAAGUGAAAAUGCAGCCGCUUGCAUGGAACUGGUUCUCUGGAAGGUGAAAGAAGACCUGAAGGGGAGGAAGUAGCCCCUCUGCCCGAGAAUCACCUUCCGACUCCACACUGGCCCCCUGGCUGCUCCGGGCCACCGCUGCUGGCAGCAGAGUUCAGUCUGUAAUCGUGUGAGAUUUCUUGACACUUUCAAAGAGAAGAGGAGGAGGAAGUGCUUCUAAGGUUUAUUUACUACAUUUUAAAGGUUAAAUUUCCACAGUGAUUUCUAAAGUUGUGACUGGGAGUUGAGGAGCAAUUAUGUUGAAUUUUCAACUUAUCUUAGUAGGAAGUGUGUGAUUAACAGGAAGAUGGUUUAAAGAGUAAAGCGAUGGGUCCAUGACUUUCAUAAAGGUCAUUUCUCAGGUUCCCUACAUUUUUUUCUCUCUAAAUACCUAAAACCAUCAUACUAAUUGGAGUUAAAAACAUUUUUACCUAACAAAAUUGUAACAGUUUUCUUUAGUUUACUUAUGUAUAGAUAGAAGUAGAGAUUUUCCUUACAAAAUAUGUGGAAGUAAAUGUUAACUUCUCAGUGUAUUCUGUUAACAUAAAGGUUUGGUCAUUUGGCUCCUGUGUAAUGUGUUUUUAUGCUAACAGGCAUACUGUUACUUGACUUUAAAUCAUACUUACUGUUUUGUUUUUUUUAAGGCAGUGUCCUAUUGUUGGGGGGCAGUUGUUUAUUUUCCUCCAUUCUUGUCCCCGUCACAACAAGGAAUUGAAGGGGCAGAGACACGGUAGAGAAGCAGAGUAAGAGUUUUAUUUAAAGUUACGGAGUUAAAGAGAAAGUGUGGAUGUCCUCAGAGAGGAGAGAUGCCCUGAAAGGUUGAGAGAAAGUGCCGGCAACCUUAGAGAGAGGUGCGCUGAAAGAUCGGGGGUACCCCCAUUUAAGGAUUUUUCAGGAAUGUGACAAAGGCCUAGAGGUGUGGAAUAGUCAAGUGGUCUCAAGAUGUUUAUCUUUGAUGAGAGACAUUACAUUUCUUUGCUUCUGUUAUCAGUCCUCCAGGUAAUUCUGCAAAAUUAACUUAACCCAAGAAAUUUACUGAUCUGGUUCCACCCCAGGAUAGCAGCUUCUCUCUGGGGACCUAUCAGUCAAGACCUCCUGCCCUGCCUGCAAGGUGGGCUGAGUUAUGUUUGCUGAAGAAUAUGUGAAGAGUCUUCCUUCUUAAUUUCCUGGGUUUUAAAAUGCAAUCUUAGCUUUAAGAUGGAAUCUUUCCUGUUUUUACUGUGCGGUUUAUAUCUGGGCUUGGUUUGGAAAAUUAAUCAUGAUGCUUGUCUCCUGACCAGGUUGCAAAUUACUUGAUUAGGUGCUGGAGGAGGUAAAAACAGCAUAUAGAUUAAGUUAAAGAAUAAGCUGGGCCUUUUAGCAGGCUAACGUAAAUCUUACAAUGACAUGAUCUAAUUGACACUUUGAAGACAUGGGCUGUGCUCACUUUUCUUUAUCUGGGAAAUAUUUGGACAUUCCAAGUCACUCCUGGCCUUUGGAGCUUCAACUGGUU